AUGCAACGUGCUGUUGAACGAGACGACCAAAACCGGUCCAAGUACGCCAUGGCCGCCAUCAACCCCAGCAGAAUCGGUAAGAGUUUCAGCGAUGCAGCUCUGCGUGAGGUGGUCGAUACGAUCUCCAAGCGUUGUCAAGUCUUACUCGAAAUCGUCAACUUCAACGUCGAAGGCCAGCAAUAUGUCACCACCGGAGAGCUUGUGGCGCUCCAAACCCUUACCAACGUCUUGAAUUUCUUGAAGGUCCAGAAAAUCGACAUCGCUGAACUCCAACAGAAAAUGUCUCUUGAGAAGGUCAAAGAACACUUGAUCGCAAUCGUCGACGAAUGUCAUAAAGAGUCUCUACUGAAUUAUCGUCGAGCUUCUGGCUUACCAAUUCGCAUCGAUCAGCUGUUUUCCCACCACAAGUACAACAUCGAGCGACUGAUCGAAUUCGGCCCGUCUCCAACCCUCACCGGCAAGGCUUCUCGUACUUUGAAACUGAAGUACGAUAAGCAAGAUACAGCUCACAACAUGUCCCGAGAGAUCCUUUGCAUUUCGAAAAACAUCAAAGAGAUAUACUACCAGUACGAAGACGAGGCAAUCAAGGAUUUGGUCGGCGGCAAGUCUUCUCUGCAAAAUGAACUGCUCGGCAGUGCUCAGGCUGAAUUCGGCUCGGCACCGGACAAGGCAGAGGUGAUGCCGUUAGGAGAAUUGGGUGCUGCCCUCCAAUCCAGCUACGGUGGCACUAUGGGCAAGCACAUGAGUGCUCUGGUAUCGCGACUCAUCGGUAGCAAGAUGCCUGGAGGUUUCGGAAUGUCAGGCGUGAAGAGUCAUUUUUCUAAGUCUUGGGGCUUAGGACCGGGCCGAACCGAAGGUGCCCUGUUGAUGGCCUUGACCAUGGAACCGCCCAAACGAUUGGGCUCGGAGGGAGAGGCCAAAUCCUAUCUCGAUUCGGUCGUCCAAGCUUACGGAAAGCAUUCCGGUCUCGCUCUGUCUCAAGGUGGCCCAGCCGGUGCGGCCGGAGGCAGCGCCGGCGGCGCUGUGAUCAACUCGGAGGAAUUCGAGAAGUUCCAGCAGAGUCAAGACACAUUUGUAUCCCAGCAUCUCGAAGUCUUGUUGCGAUACUUCAAGAGAGAUUCACGCGAUGGCUACCGAUUGCACGACCUCAAGCAUGCCGAUUACUACAUGCGGGUCCAAGACGAGUUGGAUAGUAUCCAGAAAGAACACGGCGAAAAUUACCUCCAAGGCAUCCAGCCUGUCUUCGAUCCUUUCAAGGCCCGCCACUUCGACUCGGCGUGGAAUUGGGUUCGACAAACCGCCCUCGAGAUGUUUUUUGACAUUAUUUACGGCCGGUUGAAUACUGUCGAUCGUGAUAUUACCGCCAAGUGCCUGGUAAUCAUGAAUCGAGCCAAUCCUGCUUUGCUCGACUACAUGCAAUAUUACCUCGACCACACGGAUGCCAGCAAGGGCGAACGAUACCGUCUCGCAAAGGAGUUUGGACAGAUGCUUUUGAGCAACUGCCGGGAAGCUGUCGGUGCAGCUCCCUUGUACCGAGAUGUCACUUUCCCCACGGCUCCCAAGAUCACCGUCACUCUCAAAGGUGAAAUCGUUUACGAGGAGGUCAACCGCGUGGGCGUUUCUCGACUCGAGCGCUAUGCAGCUGAGAUGGCAGCUGGAUCGAAAAUUACUGCCGAGCUGAAUUUGGACAAGGUCCAGGAAUCCAUCAGAACCUGUACAAACUUAUGGCACCGAUCCUUAUACGGAGAGGUUGUCAAAGGUCUCUCGCCCCACGAGCGCAAUCGAGGUGGCACCGGACCUAGAAGUCGUCGGCUUUCCAGUCAAUUCUUGCGGCCUGUGCAGGUCGAGCCGACUGCCCUCUCGGGCGGCAAAACACCCUUAUUGCACCUCAAACGGAAAGUGGGAAGCAACUGGAUCUACAGCAGCAAACUCACCACACUUUAUCUCGAUGUCUUGACCGAACUCGCAUCCGCGGGGACCACGUUCGAGCACAAGAAUGCCUUGUUGACUGGUGUCGGUAAGGCCAGUAUCGGAGUAGAGAUCUUGAAGGGUCUGUUGAGCGGAGGCGCACAUGUAAUUGUGACCACUUCUCGUUACUCUCGUGCGACGGUGGAAUACUACCAGGCUAUUUACCAAGAAGUAGGAUCGCGCGGCAGUCGACUCACCGUCGUUCCUUUCAAUCAGGGAUCCAAGCAAGAUGUUGCAGCCUUGGUUGACUACAUCUACUCCACCGAUAAAGACAAGGGGUUGGCCAUGGACCUCGAUUACAUCUUGCCCUUCGCAGCGAUUCCGGAGAACGGACGAGAAAUUGAUGGUUUAGAUGAUCGCUCCGAACUUGCUCACCGAGUGAUGCUGACCAACCUGCUGAGAUUGAUGGGCGAGGUCAAGAAGAAAAAGCAUGCUCUCAAACUCGUCACCCGCCCUACCCAAGUUGUCCUGCCGCUGUCCCCCAAUCACGGCAACUUCGGUAACGAUGGUCUCUACUCUGAGUCGAAAAUCUCGCUCGAGACCUUGUUCAAUCGAUGGUCUUCUGAGUCCUGGGUUGAACCGGUAUGGGCAGACUUGAACGGAGGCAUGGACAAGCUACCCGAUCUGGCGGAAAUCAGCAUGAAAGUUCGCCAGGAGCUUAACGAAGUCGCUAACGUCCGCUCGAAGAUCAGUCUCGACAAUGCUAUCGACUUCAAAGUUAUCCAUGGUGUCGAAGCCGAAGCGAUUCACCAUCCAGUCAAAAUUUCACCUCGUGCGAACUUUACUCUACCGAUGCCCAAGCUGCGCCCCAACUUCGACAAUGAAACAAGCAUGACCUUGCUUCGUGGUAUGCUAGACCUAGACAAGGUUAUCGUCAUCGCUGGUUACGCCGAAGUCGGACCAUUUGGUAGCUCUCGUACCAGGUGGCAAAUGGAAGCUAAAGGCGAAUUCAGUAUCGAAGGCUUACUCGAAUUGGCCACAAUCACCGGUCUGAUCAAAUUCGUGGAUGGCAAACUCAAGAAUGGCAAACAGUACGUCGGUUGGGUAGAUGCUCAGACGGAAGAGCCGGUCGAUGACUCCCAGGUCAAAUCGAAGUAUGAAGCCCAAAUCUUGGCGCAUACCGGGGUUCGGUUUAUCGAGCCGGAGCUCUUCCGAGGCUAUGAUCCCAAGCGCAAAGGAUACACCCAAGAAAUCGAGCUCAAUCACGAUUUGGAAGCCAUUGAGACCUCGCGAGCUGAUGCCGAGAAGUUCAAAUUACAGCACGGUGACAAGGUUGAUGUCUGGUUCGACGGUGACAAAUGCUUCAUCCGCUUCAAGAAAAAUGCCAAGAUUAUGAUCCCCAAAGCCGUCAGAUUCGACCGACUUGUGGCCGGCCAAAUCCCCACUGGCUGGGACGCUCGAGUCUUUGGUAUUCCAGACGAUAUCAUUGCCCAAGUCGAUCAAACUUCCCUCUGGGCGCUUGUAUGUACUGCCGAAACACUCAUGAUGGCUGGCAUAACCGAUCCGUAUGAGCUAUACAAGUACAUCCAUCCCAGCGAAGUGGGAACUUCCCUUGGUUCUGGAAUGGGUGGAAUGAGCAGCUUGUCGAAAAUGUUCCGCGACAGACGUGAAGAGAAGGAUGUGCAGAAAGACAUUCUGCAAGAAACAUUCAUCAACACUGUCGCCGGCUGGGUCAACUUACUCUUAAUGUCGUCCAGCGGUCCCAUCAAAAUCCCAGUGGGUGCUUGUGCCACCGCAUUACAAUCAGUCGAAAUUGCAUGCGACACCAUUCUCAGUGGAAAAGCGAAAGUGAUGAUUGCUGGUGGAUUCGACGACUUUGAUGAAGAAGGAAGUCUCGAAUUUGCAAACAUGCAAGCCACCAGCAACACUGAAACAGAACUAGCCGCCGGACGCGAACCCAAUGAAAUGUCUCGUCCGACCACCAGCACUCGAGCCGGAUUCAUGGAGUCUCAAGGAUGUGGUGUCCAAGUUCUCAUGUCUGCCAAGACUGCCAUCGAGAUCGGUGCCAGUAUCUACGGCAUUGUAGCUUACACCGCAACUACGACUGACAAAGCUGGCCGAAGUGUUCCUGCACCUGGCCGUGGUGUUCUUUCUACUGCCCGUGAAGCCCCGGGCAAAGUUCCAGCUCCCAUCCUAGACCUCGAAUGGAGAAAGCGCCAACUGGCUUUCAGAAGAAUGCAGAUUUCGCAAUGGUUAGACAACGAAAUCGACAUCUUCAAGAGCAUGGUUUCUAACCUUGAGAAAGCUGGCCAACCAAUGCCCUCCGACGAGAUCACCGAGAGGUAUGCUGCUAUCGAGAAAGAAGCGAAACGUCAAGAAAAGGAAGCACAAUCAACUUUCGGGAUGCUUACUGGUGAAGACCCCACGGUUGCUCCCCUGAGACGCGCCUUAGCUGUUUGGGGACUGAACAUCGAUGACGUUGGAGUAGCCUCGUUUCAUGGUACCAGUACCAAGGCAAAUGACAAGAAUGAAAGUUCGGUUUACAACCAGCAAUUCCAGCAUCUCGGUCGAUCACGCGGUAAUGCUGUCCCUGUGGUAGCGCAGAAAUGGCUUACUGGUCAUCCCAAGGGUGGUGCUGCAGCAUGGAUGAUGUGCGGCGUUACACAAGCUAUCCAGGAUGGUAUCAUUCCCGGCAACCGGAACGCCGAUAACAUUGGUCCUGAGCUGCAGGAGUUUGAAUUUUUGGUAUACCCCUCCAAGUCGAUCCAGACGGACGGUAUCAAGGCCGGUCUCUUAACUUCGUUCGGAUUUGGCCAAGUUGGUGGACAGGUAUGGGUUGUCCAUCCCGAUUACUUGUUGGCGGCCAUCGAGCCAGGCGAAUAUGAUUCAUACGAAUCCAAAAGAGUUGUUCGCGAGCGCGCCAGAUACCGCAAGUUCAACGAUUUCUUAACCAAGCGUUCGCUGGUGAUUCUGAAGGAAACCCCUCCUGACACACCCGAACUAGAACCUCACGUUCUUUUGAACCCACUCGCCCGAGUAUCGAAGGACUCGACUGGAUCUUACUCCUUCCCGAAGAAGCCGGACCAUUUACCCACCAGAGUGAAUGUUGCCGCCAAGACAGCUUCGUUGGCGGCUACAAUCACUCAAAAGGACGAGAACGAAGACGGCGUUUUCGGUGUCAGGCCGGAUCAAAAGGGCAGCAGUUCAUGA